GUCUGGCUAUGGAUCCGCUUUAAGUAUGUAUCUGUUGCUGUUAAUCACGUUGUUACGAUUAAUAUUUUCUCAACCGCGGGUAGCUUGUGCAUACUCCAUCGUUUACAGAACUGCGUUCACGCAGUUAUAAGUUCCUUGCGUGCAGCUGAGAACAGUGUCUUCCGGGCAAAGCGCACACUCGAGACUGGCUGGGUGGAAAGGUUUUGGGCGAAGGUUGGUAAACGUGAUUUGGGUACUUUGUGAUGAUUUCGAUACUAAAUUCAUUUUCCUUCUCCUUUCACAGGCUAACUUACGCUAGUAUAGGUAUGAUGUUCAACACAUUUGUGCAUAUCUUCAUGUACUGGUACUAUUUCUGUGCCACACUCAAAAUCAAUGUGUGGUUUAAGCGCUACAUCACGAAGCUCCAAAUCGUCCAGUUCAUCACUAGUUUUGUCCUCUCCGUGCCAUAUUUAUACUAUCACUUCCAGCAUGGAUGUGUAGGGAUGGAGGCCUACAUUUUUAGUUUCUUCACCAAUGCAUCGUUUUUGUUGUUGUUCAUCAACUUCAAUAACAAAACGUACCACAAGAAGGAUACAAAGAAGGAGUAGAUUCCUCACCUUGCAAGUGUAUAUCAAUGCCAAAAUCCAGAUAGUACGCUCGCGGAAAGUACGGGAUUGGAUAUGAUUGGCCCGGUGUAUAGUGACAGCUUUUACUGAAAAGCUGAUACUAGUCAAAUCCGUGUAGGUAAUCGCGUAGCCUAUAUGGCAGACACUAAUA